CUCUUAAAGAUUCAUGUGAUCUUAUUAAAUUUAUUACUAUAAAAUAUGAAUGAAUGUAAUACUCGUAUACUCCAUCGCUGACCGUAAACUUGUUUAUGCUUCGACGCAGAUUGAAUAACAUAAAACAGAAACUUGUAGUUAAAUAAAAUUUAUUAUACCUAUAAUAAAAAGUGCCUGGCAGAGUUUUUAUUAUACAAUGCAAUCAUGUUGUGGUUUCUAAAAGUGAUUUUUCUAUGUGGCGUAAAAACGAUAUUUUGCGAGUCUAUCGACCAUAUUAAUCAAUCUGAUAAAAGAGAAGUUAAUAAAUUCUUGGGAAAAAUACUACAGGCUGAUAAAUUCGAUGAGCUUGCUGACAGAAUAGCAGAUAGAGCGGUGAGAAAGCUUAAUGACUUCCAGAAAACAACUGUUAUUGGAAAAUUUGUUCCGGAUGAUGAAAUAUACCGUAGUCGAACGAAUCCUGCUCUUAAAUCGAGACUAACGCAUAAACAUAGCCAUAAACAUGGUAAAAUUGACGUGGAUGCUGUUUUAAAGAAAGCACACUUACCCUUAGAUGGUUUAAAAUUGAGGUAUAAACAUUUAAAGAAUAAACAUUCCAAGGCUACUUCGCAGAACGAAAACGAGGAAUAUGUGAAUACUGACCAAAUCGGAGGAAGUGUUAGAGAUGACUAUGAAAUGAAGAUUAGCAAAGAAACUAAUCCGCAUAGUCAUAACAAAAUUGCACAAGAUGAACCUUUAAGUUUCCAUGAAUAUGUCAAACACCGUAAUGAAAACUUUAUGAAUCCAUUUGGUAUUGAACAAACUAUUUCUUGGAAUAAAAAGUCUCCGAAGCAUCCACCUAAAGAUGAAAGUGAUACUAGUGACGGGCUUGGGAAUGAAAGUAAAUCAGGAGAAAAAGACGAAAACUUAACCAAAACAACAAGGACAGAAGGAGACAAACAAUUUGUUUUAGAAGACCAUCCAGAUUAUAAAGAAUAUAAUGAACAGCUGGCUAAUAUGGAAAAUCUUGAUGGACCUGAAAAGGUGUUUUUGUAACUGGUGUAAUAUGCAUUUUUUCCGAUUAUUCUUGUUUCCCACGUGGGACUGCGAUUAUUCUAGUAUUUAGAAACACAGCAAUUAAAAAAAAUGGCCAAAAAGACAACAGACACUAGAAUCCAUAAAUAUCCUCUUUUCUUAGAGUUCCGUACUCCGUAGUCAACCCUUAUGGUUUCGCCGUGUCUGUUAUACCCCC